GUUACGAAAGCUGGGUAGCAGGGGUGUCGUCGAAGGUUUUAUAAGGCAUUCGGGAUGGAGGGUUUUAAAACAUAUUUUGUUCUAUUUUAUAUAGCAGCAUGUGUGACACCAUCAUUGCAGAGAGUGACAGUCGAAAUAUUAACACCAAGCAAAACUGGACCGGAAGUUGGAUUGAUCAUUGUUCCAGGAGCUUACAUUGCAGGCAGUGCCUACAAACCAGUCGGGGAGGCAAUUCAAGCUGACAGCGAUCUUAAGGUAUGGGUGGCCUUGCUGGAUGGAUUUUUUGGAAACCUUGCCAAUCCCUUGCAGCUAGGGGGCGCUGUAAACAAAGCUAAAGCAGAACUGACCAAAAGGGGAGCGAAACAGGUUUUCCUAGCAGGACACAGUCUUGGAGGACAGCUGACUGCCAACUACGUGUUGAACCAUCACAACGGACUGUCCGGCGCCCUAUUGUUUGCAUCAUACCUGACUCGGAAUGUCGAACCAACGUCAUAUCCGGUUCCGGUUCUUACUAUUGCUGGAGACCUUGAUGGUUUGGUCAGAAUAACAAGGAUACAAGAAUCUUUCGAACAACUGGUAGCAGAUGUGCGCAAAAACAAAAACGCCACCUUUCGGACGCCAGUUAUAACAAUGGAGGGGGUCAACCAUGGACAGUUUGCUUCUGGUCCGAUGCCUGCUGAGGUUUUGGCGUACGAUCUUGAACCGGAAGUGACAAAUGUUACAGCUUAUUCCUUGAUUGCCAAGUAUACAAACGCCUUCAUGGGAGCCAAUAUUCCGAUAGCAGACAGCUCUUUAAUCGCAAAUGCGAGGAAAACUCUCACUGAGGGAUACACAGCAACUGGCUACAUCAUGGCUCCGCUUACAAACAUGAUGAGUGUUUCCACCAACCCUCUCCAUGUGUCGAAGUGGACGAGCGAGGCUCAGACAGUGUUAAUCGGACUCCGGGAUACCUCCAAUGUCAAGAUUGUAAACAAAGUGGUAUCUGAGCGCCAAUUGCUACAGUCUACACCGGAAAUGACGUUUGAAGAUGGCGUGCUGUCGAUCACAACCUAUACUCAAGUGGCGUUCCAGUCGAACCCUCUAGACGUAUCUACCUUUUACAUGUCGCCGAUACAACUUCAGGCGGAGAUGAAGUCACGUGACGCCAUUAAAGCCUUCCUGCCAAAUGAGACUUACAUGGAAAACAACGAGAGUUGUGUUUCAAUAAACCAGGCUGCGUUGCAGUACGCCCUCGGUCAGGCGUCCCCACUAGCCGUCACUCGUUACGGUAAGAAAGGGCGCCCUAUCAUCUAUGAACAGGACGUGGCUCUCCCCAGCACUCAACAAUGGUUUCUUCAGGAAUUGCUGUAUGAAGACGACAGAGAUGGCGUUCAUGUGACGUCAGAAUCAUACCACGUGCCUUACAAUUCCGCCAAGGCGAGCACGAGCGGGAUAUUUUUCUGCAAAUUGUUGGCGCCGUACAGGGCGAUGGAGUGGAUCUACGUUGAUGGGCUCAGGAAGUUGGACGGAAUUAAACAUCUAGAGUCCAUUUUCGAGCAUGACCUCAAGAUUGAAAAGAACAACACAUGAAGUUUCAUUUAAUGAUCGAUGACAAACUAAUAAAUAUUUUAUUAAUAA